AUGAUGGAAUUAAAUAGAACGCGCAAAGUGCCGCUGCCUGGAGGUCGCCAGGGCGCGUCUGGAGCUGGCGCUGGACGCGGCAGCAUGCGAACCGCCAGCCGAGCGCGAGGUGCUGCACAACCACCCAGCAGCCCCUCGCAUCCAUCAUCCCCACCAGCUGGCUUGGUGUCGGCAGGGUCUUCGCGGGCCCAGCAAUCGGCACCCGCCUCUGGUGGAGUACGCCGCAUGCGUUGGACAACCCAGAUGAACAGCAACGCAUUGCGGGCGUAUUUUAGGGCGAAAGGGGGAGAAACUGGAGGUUUGGCGUAUCGGGCUAGGAUGCAUCGUCUUUUUGCUGAGCUGGAGCCAUCUUUAACCGUCACCGAGCAAAACCUGGCAGACCGAGUUCGGUAUAUCUUGCGCUCAAAUAUAUUUGAUGUCGCCGAACUCGAACGGCUACGACGUGAGGCUGUUCCCUCGUCGGGUGAGAAUGCUGCGGCUGAGGAUGCGGCGCCACAAAUGGUAGAGCAACCCGCAAACGUGGAUGCCGCCGUGAAUACCCCAGUUGUGGUUGAUUCAAGCGAUGAUGGAACAGUCGCCCAGGAACUGGAACUAGAGCAUAUGAGGAGUACAUUGGAAGAGGCGAUUGUGGAAACGCGCAGUACGCCUCUCGAAAAUCGACCGCGACUUCCCCGCAUAGCCCUAAGCAAGCGGAAUCGGGCUGUCGUGAGGGCUCUGAACCCAAUGCUGGUGACCUAUUUGGAAGCCAGCCGGGACCUUUGCGAGACGGACUCAAUUCUUUUUGGCGCCGCGCUGGCAGUCUGCCGUAUUAUAGGCGCCAAGGUUUCCACGGCUGGACGCGCUACUGGCCAUAGUAGCGCUAUCCCAGCAUGGAGAAGAAGAAUUGAGGAACGUAUCGCAAAGGCUAGAGCUCUCAUCGGCAGACUGAUAUGCUUCAGAUCAGGCAACAACAGGCCAAGAAUUGUGCGCACCGUCAGGAUGGCGUUUGCUGGGACAAAUGUCAGUUUGUCCCAGCCGGAUAUAACGCAAAAACUGACGGAGCGCAUAGAUGAUCUGAAGCAGAGAAUCGCUGCUUGGGGAAAGCGGAUUCGGCGAUAUACCGAGAGGUCGACACGGUUCAACCAGAAUCGUCUCUUCCAGAGUGAUCAGAAGAGGCUCUAUGAAUCAUUGGAGCGACCAAUGGUAAGUGGAACGGGUCCAGCACCGAAUCAGGCCGACACUGUAGCAUUCUGGCGCGGCCUGUGGUCAGAGCCCGUAAACCACAGCGAGGGCCCUUGGACGGAAGUGAUGGCGAGUCAGUGUGCGGGUAUUACGCCCAUGGACCCCGUCAUCAUAACGCCGGAUGACGUAGCUGAGGCGGUCCGUAGGGCCCCGAACUGGAAAAGUCCGGGGCUUGACGGGCUGCAUCACUACUGGCUGAAGGGGUUCAUGGUGUGUCACUCUGUGCUCGCCCGACAGUUUCAAGAGGCUCUCAACCAGAAGUCGCUCCCAAGCCUCUUCACUACUGGGAUCACUCAUUUGGUUCCUAUAGACCAGGAUAUUGAAAUGUACCAACUUUUAGAGAAAGGAAUUCGCAGUGGUCUUGCUCAAUGUUCUCUAACAUUCGCGAAUUCCUUUCUCUAA